AUGGCUGGGGUAUUGGUAUAUGGUUGUGUUUUCAUCUCAACUAAUUGGCUGAUGGAUCCGGGCACACACCGGAUGGACUCAUCGUUAACGAUACGUGAUAUUGGCUCCAAAUACGUUCUUUCAUGUUGUGCUUCAUUCGUUGCUGAAAGUGUAACUUAUCCGCUGGAUGUCGUCAAAACUCAAUUACAAAUGGUACCGAAUUGUAUGAAAGUGACUGGAAGUGAUAUUAAACGACCCACAAUGUUGCGAAUCACAUGGCACAUUUUGAAAGAUGAAGGCCUUCGCUCUCUAUUCAGUGGACUUGCCCCAGCAGUAUAUCGGCAUUUCAUUUACACAGGAUUUCGAAUGGGUAUUUACGAAACGAUGCGGUUCGCAAUUUUUGAUAAGGAGAAACAGAAAAUUUUUCCAGUAUGGGUUUUUUUAAGGCAAUCAGCAAUUUGUGGUUUGGUAUCUGGUGCUGUUGCACAGUUUCUGGCAUCACCAACUGAUUUAAUCAAAGUUCAAAUGCAAGCAAAGAAAUUGAGGAAGUUAAACAAUCUUCAGCCUCGGUUAUCAAUUUUGUGGUUGCGGAAUUCAUACCAUGUUUUUCUUGCUCUUUACAAAAGUAACGGUUUCAUGGGCCUAUGGACUGGUUGGCUUCCAAACACUCAACGCGCAGCUUUAUUGAAUAUGGCUGGUGAGUAUCUUGCAACAUAUGAUCAUACGAAACACUGGUUGAUGACGAAAGGUUACCUGGAUAAUCAUUACACACAUUUCCUUGCUAGUCUUGUUUCGGGCAUGGCUGCUGCAAUUGUGUCUACUCCGGCAGAUGUUGUGAAAACACGAAUAAUGAUUCAAUUGCGCAGUACUGGUGAAAGUGCUGGUGAAAAGUCGAUAUCUCAGUACAAAGGCUCUUAUGAUUGUCUAAAACGGAUUUGUCAGGAUGAAGGUUUUUUUGCACUGUACAAAGGCUUCGUGCCAUCAUAUAUGCGAUCGGUAAAUUGGUUUAUAAUCAAGAUGCAUAGAACUUAUUGUUGUGAAAUCUAUUGGAAAAUAGAAAAUGUAGGCGCCUUGGUCAUUGGUCUUUUGGUUAACAUACGAACAACUGCGGCACAUGUUUGA